UAACAUAAAAAAAUCUCUCUUACUUCUUUUGGGAAUAUAAAAAAAUAAAAAUGAAAAUACCAAAAAACAUCGCACAAUGUGAUUUAAAAUAAAGAAAAUGUAUUGGAAAAAUGAGAUAGGAAAAAGGAUAAAAAGUGGAGGCGUUAGAAAUUAUGUAUUUUUUUUAUUUAUUUAAUUUCCAUCGCCCAAAACAACAUUUUUGCCUGUUUCUUCGAGCAGUUUCUGAUGGAAAAAAGCCAGUGUGCACAGCAAUGUCUCAUGUCCUUAGCUGUUGGUUACAUGAUUGUGAGAGAUAGGAGCUCAUCCAUAUUCAAAAGGAGCUACACUGAUGCUGUUUCAGUUUCAGAGGCUGCUAUUCUCUGCUUCUAGCUGCCUACACUGACAAGUAAGGCCUGGUUUUAAAAAAAAAAAACUUAUAUUCGAGUUUACAUGUUUCAUAUGACUGUGGGGCAACAUCGAGAGAUUUUGAAAAAAAAAAUUGCAAAAAAUUGUUCUUCCUGGAACUCCAUUUUCCAUCAGGGCUCUUGGCCUUACUGGAAAUGCAUUUGGCAUGCACUUCAUAAGGUCUUAUCCUGUGACCUUGGACUUUUUUCUCUUCCUUUCUAUUUGUUUUCUAGCACAAAGUUUUACCCCACAGUGCCCUGGGAUUUGAACCAGCUACCUGCUUACGUGCAUCAAGGAAAUAAUAGAGUCUAGCUGGAAAGGAUUAAUGGCAUUUUGUUUUGGCUGAGGUACAAGUAGGAGGAGGAGGAGGAGGAGGAGGAGGAGGAGGAAGGAUUGUUUUUAAAACGAGAAGGUGGAGUGAGUUUCUAGUUUGAGGUUGAAGUGGGGUUUAUGGUAUGAACUAAUUUUUAGGUAUUGUCUGGUGCUCUGCUGUGGUUAGGCAGUUUGGUGGUGUUUAUACGGGGUUACACAUUUUCGGAGUGUUGUGUGCCUUGGACAUUUUGAAUUUUUGACGGUGAUACUUUUGGGUAUUUGGAGGUGGUGAUUUUGGGCAACUUUGGUGGUGCUAUGUUGAUGAGCAUUAUGAUGAUGAUGAGAUUUUUAACAUUUUGACAGUGCUCCAUUUUAUUCAAUUUUGGCGUUGCCUUUAGGCUGUGCAUUUUGGUGGUGCUCUGGUAGCUUUGGCAUAUCAGUGUUCCAACUCAGUCAUUUUGGUUCUGCCCUGAUGUUUGGUGUUUUGAUGGGUUUUGAACGGAGAAAUUGUUUUGUAAAAUGUUGAAGCUUAAAACCGGAUGCCAUUUUCUUUCGGGAGUUUAUUCAUGCUGGUGUUAGAGCUUGGAAUCUAAGUUGUGUUCUACAGACAGUAUUUUUAAGAAGUUUCUUUUUGACUCUAGUUCCUUUGCAGCGGGCAAGGCCUUUUGGGGUAUUCAAGUGUUUCAGAGACUGGCGGUUGGGUAUUUGACAUCUAUGCAUGGAAGGGAGAGAAUCAAUGGGCUUGCCUCCGUCUUCUGCCACAACAGCAGGUUCUGAUUCCUUUCCUGCUGUUUCUCAGAGAGUGGGUCAUGUGAGUGGUGGCUUGCACGUGGGGAUGGCUCCUGCAAUACGGCCUCAUUCGAGUGUAGGUGUCACAAUUGCGGCAAAUCCAAAUAAUUCUAGCUCUCCUCCAUACCAUACAGAUCCAUCCACGGCAAUUGUGGCACAUGGAAUAAAUGCGAGCAUGAGCACAGGUUUACAGAGAAUGGAGCCGGGUAAAAGAAAGAGAGGCAGGCCCAGGAAGUAUGGGCCUGAUGGGAGUAUGGCAUUAGCUUUAACCCCUAUCUCUUCAACUUCAAACUUCUCACCGUCUGAGAAACGGGGUAGAGGGCGGCCACCUGGGUCAGGAAAAAAGCAGCAAUUGGCUGCACUAGGGGAAUGGAUGGCAGGCUCAGCGGGAGUGGGAUUCACUCCACAUGUCAUCACCAUAGCAUCAGGAGAGGAUGUUGCAUCAAAGAUAAUGUCAUUUUCACAACAAGGGCCCCGUGCGGUAUGCAUACUUUCAGCAAAUGGUGCAGUCUCCAAUGUGACUCUUCGACAGUCUGCCAUCUCUGGUGGUACUGUGACAUAUGAGGGUCGCUUUGAAAUACUCUCCUUGUCUGGUUCAUUUUUACUUACAGAGAAUGGUGGAACACGCAGUAGGACUGGUGGUCUGAGUGUUUCUUUGGCAGGUCCUGAUGGUCGUGUUCUAGGUGGAGGAGUAGCUGGUUUGUUAAUGGCAGCUAGUCCUGUACAGGUGGUUGUAGGUAGCUUCAUUUCAAAUGGCCGGAAGCCUCAAUCCAAGCCUGCCAAUCCCGAGCCUUCAGGUGGCCUGGGAAAAGCAGCCGCUUCUGGAGGAGUUACAGUGGCUAGUCCUGUUUCUCGUGGAACUAUGAGUGAGUCUUCUGGAGGUCCAAGUAGUCCAAUGAACCAAAGCACUGGAGAUUUUAAUAGUGCCUCGACACAACCAAUACAGAACAUGGCUUCUUACCAGUCAGCUGGCUGGCAAGGUCCUCCAUCUAUGGCUGAGCCAAAACGUAAUACAGAUAUCAACAUGCCUUUGCCAGGUGGAUAGUCGUAAGAAGCCUCAGGAUGUUUUCUUGUGGCUGAUUAUUGACCACAUUUAUCAAUUUGAUUAGGCUGACCACCAACAAGUUUAAGUUGGGUUGCAAUUAUUUACAGACUAACAGAAAAAUUAUAGGCUUGUCAGGACAGAUGCAACUGCCCUCGAAAAUGUCACCUGUUUGAUUUAAAUCCCAAGACACCACAUGUUUUAUUUCAUGCUUUGGCAACCACAUAGACAAAGAACUGUCUGCUUUUGUUCUUCAAGAUGAUUUGAUAUUCAGAGGCCCAUGCAAAUAUUAUUGGUCUGUGGACCAUGCAUAGCCUUAGAUUUUCGAACUCAUUUGUAAUGUUAUUGUUAAUCACCAAGUUUGUAUUUGACCGACUGCCCGAUAUGGAUAUUUUGUGUAUCUCAUUACCAACUUUGUUUAAUGAGAGUGGCUUUAUUGAUCUGCAA